UCCCGACUGCGUGCGCGCGGCGUCUCCCUCUCAAGUCGGGUGCGGGGCCACCGCCCGGCUUGAGCCUCGGGGUCAUGGAGGAGCCCGGGCGGGAGGAGUCGGCGGCGGACGACUUCGAGCUGCUCGUGAGGAGUCAGCGCAGGGAGAAACGGGAGCUGCAGGCCAAAAUUCAAGGUAUGAAAAAUGCUGUUCCUAAGAAUGACAAAAAGAGAAGAAAACAGUUGAUUGAUGAUGUUGCCAAACUGGAGGCAGAAAUGGAACAGAAGCACAAGGAAGAACUGAAGCAGCUAAAGGAAACUUUACCCGAGCAGAAUAAGGUAGAUUCUGUGGCUGAUAGUAUUGCAAGUUUUCAGCUUGAGGAAAGAGAGCAACAGAUGCAGCAACCUCGAAUAUCAAAAGCACAGAAAAGGCGGGAGAAGAAAGCUGCACUGGAGAAGGAAAGAGAAGAAAGGAUAGCUGAAGCUGAGAUAGAAAAUUUAACAGGAGCCAGACAUCUUGAAAGUCAAAGGCUUGCUCAGAUAUUGGCAGCAAGGCAGUUGGCGAUUAAACAGAUUCCAUCAGAUGGCCACUGCAUGUACAGAGCUAUUGAAGACCAGCUCAAGAAUCAGCAAAACUCCUGGACUGUUGCAACCCUGAGAAGUCAAACAGCAGAGUAUAUGCAAAGUCAUGUUGAUGAUUUCCUGCCGUUUCUAACAAAUCCCAACACAGGAGACAUGUAUAGCCGAGGGGAGUUUGAAAAGUACUGUGAUGAUAUAGUCAACACAGCUGCCUGGGGUGGUCAGCUGGAACUAAGGGCUCUAUCACACAUUUUGCAAAAACCAAUUGAAGUAGUGCAAAUGGAUUCUCCUCCCAUUAUUGUUGGUGAAGAAUAUUCAAGCAAACCAUUAAUACUAGUGUAUAUGAGACACGCAUAUGGAUUAGGAGAACAUUAUAAUUCUGUAAAGCUGCUUACAGACACUGCUACAGAAAAUGGUAGCUAGUAUACAGUAAUAAGUCCACAUGGAUAAUGGGUGCUGCUUGACACUUUGGGCUCUUCGUCUAUGGAGGGUUCCCAAGAAGACUGGAAAACAAAAGUAACGGGAAGGAACUUUUAAGAAAGACAAAAGAUUUGGUUACAUAUCAGAAGUAGCAGUUUAAAACAGUACCUAGACUGCUGAUUUAGAUCAUGUUUUAGAAAAUAUUAUCUAAAAUGCUGGCUGUGUAAGCCAUUGUAACUUGCAUAGUUUGAGUAUUUUGGUUUACAUAACAUACUCUGCCACAGUGAAAGAUCAAUAGUAUAUGUUUCAGGUAGCCUGUGUUUUUUUUUCGUGCUUCUGUGCAUUUCUACUGAAGAGUUGAUGUGAUUUGCAGACUCUUAUUAGGUCAUUUCAAGUAAAUUAUGGUGAUCAUGGAGAUUUUAUUAAGGCAUUUAAAUGACUGUUGAAUAAUAUUCUGGACUGGAGUGACCGUCAAGAUAUUGCUUUAAUAGUCUCAACAGGGCAUAGCUAAAACAUAUUUAAACAAUAGUAAGGACACUCCUAAUACUUUAGUUACAUAAGAGCCAGAGGUAAAGCCAGUGAUGCUGAAUAUCAUACCCUUAUCUGACUCAAAAGGUCGCAAACCUAACUUCUGCUUUUAUGGAUUCUCCUCUUAAUUUUUUAAUCAGGUUUUGAAAACUGUCUUGUCUUCUGCUUAUGGCCAUAGAUGACAGAACAUGGGUGAGAAUUGAUAAUGGCACUGCUGGUCCACAUAGUCCCGCCUGUAGAACAGGGGACAUUCAACUUUUUGUUCUUUUGUAAUUUAUUUUUCUUUACAAUGGUUGUCAUUUCACAUGAAGACUUAGUGAACUAGUCCAAACAUACUGUUUAUAGUGCUUCCAUUCCAUCAGAUCUGCAGUUUGGAAUGCAGUUUACAAUACUCAGGUGUGGUCUGUACUUAAAAUUUAGGUCAAUGUACCUACGGUGCUCAGCAGUGUGAACAAUCCACACUCCUGAGCACCGUAGCCAUUCCGACAUGAUGCCUGAUGUAGCUAGAUCGCUGGAAGAAUGCUUCCAUCAACCUACUUACUAUCGUUCGGGGAGAUGGUUUUUCCUACAGCAAUGGAAAAAAUCCUCUUGUUGUAGGUUAUGUCUAUGUUAUGGGGUUGUACCGGCAAAACUUCGGCGCUGGUAGUUACGCCAAUAUAGUCCCUGUAGUGUAGACAUUGCCUUAUACAGCCAGUUGCAAACAGUUACAAGAAUUAAGUGAUAAUUUUUAUAAGUAACUUUAAAGAUGACCUGCAAAGAAAUUUGGAUUUGUGUUGUCUGCUUUGCUUCUUUAUGACAUACAGAGAAGACUCGAAAUAUAUACGGAAAGCCUGCUAAUACCAGGAAAUUAUUUUUUAUAUAGACUGUUUAAAACUUUUUUACACUUGUUCAUUCAGGCAGUUAAAAAAAAAAAUUUGGGAGAAAAGCAGUUGUUAAAGAUGCAAUAGUGCUGUCCCUUAGCUGAGGGCUGAGAGAGUUUAUAGUCCACAUCCAAAACAUCUGAGUCAUACAGUAAAACCAGAAAACAAAUUGACAUUCCUGGUACUUCUUUAUGUAUCAUAAAAAAGUAAGACACAAAACCAACUAUUUUUCUUCUGUAGAUCAUUUAAUGAAAGCACUUUGUGGUCUUGCUGAAAGAGAUGCAAAUGAGGACUUUACAAAUGCCAUAUUUACUUGUUUUAUAGGUAGUCUUCCCACAUAAAGAAUGUUUGAUUAUGAAUUUCACAGCAUGGAGCCUGCCAGGCAAAACAAGUGUUAACCAAAUAUAACAUCGUUUGGCGAUCUUUAUUCAUUUGGUAUUCAUUGUAACAACUGGAUGAACCCAAUUGAUGUCUUGAUCGCAGGAGUCAGACUUUUUUUUGCAAUGCCUGUUACCAGAAAGGGAUUCAUUAGUGAGAGAGAAUUAAUAUAAAAAUCUUCUUUAAUGCCAUAAAGAUUUUCACCAUAAUACAAUAAUAUAUUGUUUUUAGUGUUACCUAAAAUUGAUGUAUUAGGCAGUGUACAUGCUGAUUUAUGUAGCUGAAUGGUGAAUAAUUGUCAGUUAAUUGAGGUUUCAUCAGAAUUUAUUCCUGGGUCACUAAUUGAAAGGGGAAAAAGAUGAUAUUGGAAUUCUGGAAUAUGUCUGUAUCCAACAAUUUGUCCAAUUUAAGAUGUUUUCAACUUGUACAAAGCAAAAGAAUAUUUAAUGAUAGUGAGCAAAGGACCUUUGCUCAUGCUGUAUGGGCCAUGCCAAAAAAAAAAAAUUAAAUUAAAAAAAAAAAUGUAUGGAAACUUCCAUUGCUUUAACCUGCUUGAAUUAAGAAGUUAGAAACUUAUUUGUAUUUAUUGAAUUGCAUAAGAUUUCCACUUAUCAGUUUGUCCUGAAAUAGGUUAUCUAUCACAGAAUUUCUCUGCAGUACUUCCUGUUCCCUCUGAAACUAGUGAACUUAAUGAUGAUCACUUUUGUCAUAAUCCUACAACAGCAUCAUGUCUUAGUCAACCACAAGUUCCAUUCAAGAAGACAAGACAACUCUCUAUUAAAGAAAUAGAGAUCCAAAAGCUCAUUUUCUCCUGUUUUUAAAUCAAUGUUAUCUCUUAGUGUCACCAGUUGUUCCUGCCAUGGCUUUUUUCGGUAGCAUCCGCUCCAGCGUAUUAUAGAAUUUUCCCAUCUUAAGUGAAAUGUGGCCAGCUAGAUGCUACAAACGCUCCCUGUUUCAUUUUGUAUUUUAACUUUUUGCUGCAUAUUGAAGCAUGGCUUACAUGAUUUCCAUUGACGCUUCUAAAAUUAUAGAUCUGCUUUGAAGUCUUUCUUGCUAUUCAAUUCACAUUUUUAAUUUCUCAAUUUUAUCCCAUUAUUAUAGUUAUGUCCCUUGUGCCACAAAAUAUUCCACCACUUUCUGAUUGGUGUCUCAUCCUUCAAAUACUCUAGAAAGUUGUUAUGUCUAGAACCCUGAGCGGGUACGCAAUUUACAUCUACAUCCGAUCCAUGAUUCCCAAAAAUGAUCUGCGGAUAUCUGUGGAUUUGCAGGGCUCUAAUCAUGUCCCCUUUUUGCCAUGUUUAGACAAGCUGUAAACAUUCAACUGUUUUUCGCAUAAAUUGGUGCUUUUAGAUUAUUCCUGUUUUUUUCCAGGCAAACACUUUUUUGCUCUUUAUAAAGUUACAGAAUUAGUGGCUAAAGGGGUUGCCAUACAUGUGAACUUUAGUGAAGCAUUUCAAUGAAACAUUAUAUCAGACUUUCCCAGAAUUAGUUCAGGCUGACUUGGGUAGGAGCAUUCACAUGUGUUGAAAACUGGCUACAGGAUUAUAAAACUGCAGUGGGGAGAGAUGGUCAAUGGGAACUAACCAUUAAUCUCUUUAUUACAGGUAUUAUCACUGAAAAACAGAGUGAACAGAAUAUUAAUGAAAUUCAGUCAGUUCAUCAAACAAGGCAUUUCAAUGAUGUCUGGCUCCAAACCUCCUCUUGCUACGUUGUUGGCAUGUUACCAAUGCUCUGUGUUUCCUGUUGCUGUUCAUCUUUAUUACUUGAUGCAAAUAGGGUGACUUGACUACUGGUAUGCAAAAUGCUCUGGUCUUUACAGCUAUGUUCUCUCUUUGCAUCAUAUACUUUAAGAGGGCAGAUCAAAUAUGAACUUUGGGUUUGUAAAGUUCUUAACCGGGGCGUAGGCCUUGUGCUAUGUUUGAGAGCGCUCUGUUGAGAUUAGGGCCCAAUUGUCCUAGACCAGGGGUUCUCAAACUGGGGGUCGGGACCCCUCAGGGGGUUGUGAGGUUAUUACAUUGGGGAUCGCGAACUGUAAAUCUCCACCCCAUGCCCCGUUUUGCCUCCAGCAUUUAUAAUGGGUUAAAUGUAUUAAAAAGUUUUUAAUUUAUAAGGGGCGUCGCAUUCAGAGGCUUUCUGUGUGAGGAGUCACCAGUAAAAAAAGUUUGAGAGCCACUGUCCUAGACACUGCACAACCAGGAUCUGCCUGAGGAGUUUGUAGUCUGUAUAGCAGAGUCACAAUGGGUGAGAGGGGGAACAUGGGUCUGAGUCGGGGAAUGUCUAGGCUAUAAUUUUUAGCCUUGUAGCAUGAGCUUGAUUCAGUUUACCUGGACUCUUAAACUUGCUGCUGUGGUUCCCCCCAUUGUAGACAUACCCUGAGACAGACUGAUGCACAUGUGUGGCUGUUGAUGCCCAAGAUUUUAGCUGAUGUAGUUGUUCUCUGCUUUGCUUCUGCCAAUGGGAGUGUGGGAGAGGCAGGGUUGGCCAAAGGCUCAGCAGCUAAAGGCAGGAUGGGAGUAGAUUUGAAGUGGCAGAGGUGAGAUGGCACAGUGUCUUGCUAGCAUGAGAUGGAGGCAGAGGGGGUGGGUGGUAGUUGGUAUGUCAAGGUCAUGCCCCAUUUUCCACAGGCUGUGGCUGCAGCAGGGAGCAAGGAAUAGCCCCUUUCACCCCAGGACUCUGCAGCAGCGAGGGUUUGGGGAUCAGGCAGUGGGUUCAUGCCCCAUUCUCCCCCAACCUAUGGAUGCAGUGGGAGAGUAUUGCAGAGGGGGUAAUGUGCCUGCUCCUCUCCUGGGACGUGGUGCAGAAGGGAGAUGGUGGGCCUGCAUGGUUCUGUUCUACAAACCACCUGCUGAGAGCAAACAUCUUGUCUCUGCUUUCCCAGGUGGUGUUGCAGCCCUACUUCCACAAAUGCAAGCUUAUCAUAGCCCUGCUGGGAGGGACCUCACCUCUGCUCUCCUUGCUAAGUGUUCAGUGGAGUACAAGGCAUGGAGGAAUGGUGGAGGGUGGGGGGCAGGGAGACUGAAUUAGGUAUUAGUGAGGGGAAGGGAUGGCAGAAGACAUGCUAAAGCCGAAAAAAAAUGGAGAAAUUGGCCUUGUUUUUGACUUAAUUGGCUUGUGAGUUGCUUGUUGGCUAGUUUUUGUCUUGUAGCUUGUUGCUUCUUUUUUUGAUCGGCUUGCGGCAAGCGGGGUGGGUCGGGGGGAAGCAGGGGCAAGGGAGGGGGGAGAGAGUCAGGGGUGCACAGCGGGCCCACCACAGUCCCAGACUGCAUGUCAGGGGGAUCUAGUCACAUAGAGUGUUGGGGUUCUUAGGGAUUGGCUUGUUCUGAUCUUGUUUUGAAAUGGGAUUAGCUUGAUUUUUGGCUUAUUGUGAAAGUCGGGGUGCUUAUUUACCACAUGAAAGUUGACAACUGUGGAUGGCAGUAGAGGUAUUGGAGGGCAGUGGGGAUGUCAUGGGACUGGAAGGGGUGAGGUUUGCAUUUGGGAAUAUUGGAGGAAUAUUGGGGAAAAUUACAGUAAUUUGAAAACAUUGGUCAGUAUGGCUUUAAAUGUCCAGGUUGGCAUGUGCACUUUACUUACUGUCUCAGCAUGUCUCUUCUGCUUAACUUGUCAUUAAGGUAACUCCAUACAGCACCAGAUCACCCUGUCACAGCUGCGUAUCCCUCACCUUCCCCUUAACACCGCAACUCCUCGCACUAUCUUCAGUAGUGGCCAGCGUGGCUAGUACUGCAUGCUGAGAUGCUGUUCCAGUGUUUGGUAGAGGGCACUGACUACCAGGCUCUGCUGCUCUCCUAGAUGCACCCUUUUCCUUUGGGAGGUGGGGGCUCCUCCCGAGCCCCCUGGCCACAUGCCAUAACAUUACACUGUGGCUGUUUCCAUGGCCAUGUGAGGGGUCUCCAACGUCUUGGGCGGGGCUGGGUCCUGUCACCGUCUGCAUGGUGAGGGGGGUCCCUGCCCAGCAUAGUUACAAACCGCUGUUGGCACAGUUUGCUAGUGGUAGCAAUUACUGACACCCAGGUGUUCUCUUUUGCUGGCCUGUCACAACUUGCAGCCUCUCCCUUUCCCCAUUCUCUAGUCCAGGGAUAGCAAGUUGUGAUGACUGGGGUUUUCCCCUCACAAUAUGGUACCUCUCACCUUCCCCAUCUCCUGUUCCAGGGAUGGUAAGUGGUGAUAGUAAAUUGUGACAGAUAAAUCCCCAUCUAUCAUCUUUCCCAAUCCUCUGGUCCAGGGGUAACAAAUUGUGACAGAUGGGGAGCCAUCUCACCACAAUUUGCUACCGUUGUGAAAUCUCUCUCAAAUUUGGACACACAUAACGGUAUUUUUGUAAUUUGGAAAAACUUUCUACAGAGUUAAACCUCAGACCUAUUGUAUGUAAAGCCCUGAAUGAAAGUGUUAUUUCUUUUAGUCUCUUUCCAUUGUAUAUUAGGCCAUACAGUUUCUAUAAUAAACAUUUAAUGCACACAAGUGAAAAUAAUAUAAAACAUUAGAGUCUAAAAGUCUACUCAGUCCUACUUCUUGUUCAGUGAAUCGCUCAGACAAUCAAGUUUGAUUACCUUUUCAGGAGAUAAUGCUGCCUGCUUCUUGUUUACAAUGUCACCUGAAAGUGAGAACAGGCGUUUGCAUGGCACUGUUGUAAUUGGCGUCACAAGAUAUUUACGUACCAGAUGCGGUGAAGAUUCAUAUAUCCCUUCAUGCUUUGCCCACCAUUCUAGAGGACACGUUUCCAUGUGGAUUAUGGGUUAUGUUCGAUAACAAUCCAAAGCAGUGCGGACUGACACAUGUUCAUUUUCAUCAUCUGAUUCAGAUGAGACCAACAGAAGGUUGAUUUUCUUUUUUGGUGGUUCAGAUUCUGUAGUUUCCACAUUGGACUGGUGCUCUUUUAAGACUUCUGAAAACAGGCUCCACACCUCAUCUUUCUCGGAUUUUGGAAGGCACUUAAGAUUCUUAAACCUUGGGUUGAUUGCCAUAGCUAUUUUUAGAAAUCUUACAUUGGUACUUUCUCUGCAUUUUGUCAAAUCUGUAGUGAAAGUGUUCUUAAGUUGAACAACAUGUGCUGGGUCGUCAUCCAAAACUGCCAUAACACAAAGUAUAUGGCAGAAUGCAAUGAAAACAGAGCAGGAGACAUACAAUUCUCCCCCAAGGAGUUCAGUCACAAAUUUAAUUAAUGCAUUUUUUUAAUGAGUCAUUGGCAUGGAAGCAUGUCCUAUGGAACGGUGGCCAAAGCAUGAAGGGGCAUACGAAUGUUUAGCAGACCUGGCAUGUAAAUACCUAGCAAUGCCAGCUACAACAGUGCCAUGCAAACACCUGUUGUUAUUUUCAGGUGACAUUGUAAAUAAGCAGGCAGUAUUAUUUCCCGUAAAUGUAAACAAACUUGUUUUAGUGAUUGUCUGAACAAGAAGUAAGACUGUGUGGAUUUGUUGGGUCUGAAUUUUACAUUGUUUUGAUUUUGAGUACAGUUAUGUAACAAAACAAUCUACAUUUGUAAAUUGCACUUUCACGACAGAGAUUGCACUCCAGUACUUGUAUGAGGUGAAUUGAAAAAUACUUUUAUCAUUUUUACAGUGCAAAUAUUUGUAAUAAAAAUAAUAUAAAGUGAGCACUGUACACUUUGUAUUGUGUUGUAAAUUGAAAUCAAAUAUUUGAAAAUGUAGAAAAACAUCCCAAAUAUUUAAUACAUUGCAAUUGCUAUUCUAUUCUUUGACAGUGCAAUUAAAACUGUGAUUAAUUGUGAUUAAUUUUUUGUGUUAAUUGCGUGAAUUAACUGCGAUUAAUUGACAGCCCUAUUUUCAACACUAAAUCUGUACUUUGGUGCCUGCACA